ACAUGUUUUGUGUGUGUGUGAAUCGUUGUGCGUGAGUAAAACACGUUUUGUGUGCGUGUGGGGGGUUUUGGCAUGAUUCUAACUCCAUAGCUCUGGUUUAGGCCUAGUUGGCACAGGGUCAAUCAACCUAGAGUUCAGCGUUAACUCUGUUUGUUAAACCUCCGUUCGUGGUAUACCAAACAGAAUGUGCAGUAAACAGUUGUGUUUCCUGCCUUUAUGUCUAGACAAUAGUAUAUUGAAUGUCUUCCGCGGUGACGGCCCCUAGCGGGCACCCGGGACAUCGCAGGCUUAGGAGGGCUUUAGAAGGGAACCUGAACGAUGGUUCCUAUGUGUCACAUCGAGAAAUGUCCCCCGAUAGGAAGUGGCUUCGUGAGGGCCAGAGCCGAAGGAUUAACAUUGUUAACUGAACCAAUGUUACUCAGUGUCGGGACUGCUCCACAUGUCCCGCUUAUGACCGCUCUAUUAUCAGAAUAAAACCAUAAGUUAGAGCGGAAGGACCGACGCUCCGGUCCCAGAGGAGCACCGCGGGACUCGAGGAGCUCCCCGAGGCUAACCGACACACCACCGGGUCAACACCUCACUCCACCGUGUUCUGGGUGAACUAUGUCCAGUGAUUGGUAUUGAACAGUUAAGCUUCAGUCAGUCCCCCACACCCCACCAUGUCCACCAUGUCCACCACGUCGCUGGACCAGGAGCUCCAGGAGCGGCUGCGCGAGGCGGCGGCCAUCGGGGACUUGGACGAGGUGCGCUCCCUGGUCGAGGGGGCGGUCAACGUCAACUCUCAGAACGAGAUCAACGGCUGGACAUGCCUUCACUGGGCCUGCAAGCGGAACCACAGGCACAUUGUGUCGUACCUGCUGGACUCUGGAGCCGACAUGGAGAUACUGACGGCCAAGGAUGAGCUUGCCUCUCAGCUCACCUCCAAACCAGAGAUCAAGAGGCUGCUGGGAGUGGAAGUGGAAGACCUGCCGGAGGUGAAGGAGGCGGAGCUGCCCAUCAUCCCCAACUACCUGUCCAACCCGCCCUUCAUGUACAGCAAGCUGGACAGCAAGGUGGAGGAGCUGGUGGCUCAGCUCCAGCAGCAGAGCGGCUCCGGGGACCUCGAGCCGGAGGACCCCUCCGUCUCCCCCACCCACCAGCCCCCGCCACCGGUGCUGAGCCCCGUGGGCGACGCCCCCAACGCCCGCUUUGUCCCCGUCUGCUCCCUGACCACACCCGCCCCCCUGGCGCCCCUCGGCCAGCCGGGCCACCCCUCAGGGGCCUUCGUCCCCCUGGUGGAGCAGAACGGGAUGCAACACCCCCACCCGUACUCUGCGGUCAACGGGGUGCUGCCCAUGGACCUGUCGUCGGAGCCCCCCCCGGACUACCCCCCCCACGCAGUGCAGAACGGGGCGGGCUGCACGCCGCCGCGGGCCUCCCCCAGCCCCAGCAGCGGCAGCCAGGUGCAGGCUCCGGGGCCCGGAGUGCACCCCGCCAUGACCCGGCAGCCGUCCGUCCCCCAGCAGCUCAGCAGUGGUCCGGGCGGGGCCGGGGGCGGAGCUAUGCCCGCCUUCCAGCCCUUCUUCUUCACCAGCACCUUCCCGGUCAACGUCCAAGAGCUGGUGCUGAAGGUCCGCAUCCAGAACCCUAACACACGGGACAACGACUUUAUCGAGGUUGAGCUGGACCGCCAGGAGCUGACCUUCCGCUCGUUGCUCCGGGUCUGCUGCCGCGAGCUGGACAUCAGCGCCGAGCACGUGGAGAAGAUCCGCAAGCUGCCCAACACCCUGCUUAGAAAGGAGAAGGAGGAGGCAGUCUAUUCAACUCGGAGACAGUCGAAGCCAUGUCCCCUCCGUGACUUCUACGACGAGAUGGAUGCCCUCCUCAGCUGCUUUCCUCGGACAAGGACGUUGCCCGGCUGCAGGACUUCCAGGAGCUGGAGGUGGUGCUGGAGAAGGGGGAGGGUCUGUCCCUGUUCUCCGGGACCGGGACCCUCACUGACCGGCCCUGCUACAACAUGAAGGCCUCCCGGCUCACCUACUAGAGCCUCCAGGGCCCUGACCCCAAGACAGGAACCCCCCUUGUCCCUGUUCCCUGUUCUGGUCCCUGACUCCAGCCCUAGUCCCUGACCUCAGCCCUGUUCCCUGUUCUGGUCCCUGACUCCAGCCCUAGUCCCUGACCUCAGCCCUGUUCCCUGUCCUGGUCCCUGACUCCAGCUUCUCUCUAGCCCACCAUGAAGGAGUCCCGCCCAGCCAACGGUUUAAGGGUUUGGUUGCGGUAUUUUACCAGAUAGUGGUGUUUUUUAUUUAAUUUCUGCUAACCAAAAUCGCCAUCCUCCACUUUUCUUUAUUCACUUGAGACACAGAGGUAUACCUGCCCUGCGCUUAGUGUUUUUUUAUUUUUUUAUUUGACUAAUGCAUGGUGUCCUUUGUUAUCGCUUUAUGUACUCGUGGAUCAAAAAUGGGUUGGGGUUCCAGUGGUCUGUCGUAGACCUGGACCCGUGCUCAGAGAAAGGCCUUAAUCAGAACCAAUCCUGACUAACUGCGGAGCUAUGGACUACAAACAUGGACCCCAGCGGUGUGGGAGUGGAAGGCGACCGGCGUACUGCUUCAGACUGGUUUAACACCCCCCCCCUCCCCCUAGCUACCCUCACCAGGGUACGGUUGCAGCACAGCAUCCCUGCACACAGCAAUCUGUACGAAAUUCAGCCCUCUGAAGCUCCUCAAUCCGACGCCGUCGAAGACACACGCACACACCACCGAUACUAACACACAUGCACACAGACCCGAUACUAACACACACACACCCCGGUAUAAACACACACGAACAAACCCAGAUAUAAACACACGCGCACAUCCCAAUACGAACACACGCACACACACCCCCCGAUAUAAACACACACACACACCCCCUGAUAAAUGGGGAUGAAGGACUGUGCAGACGACUGCACUGUCGGAAGUUUCCAGAAUGUUGAAGAUGUAUAACAUUAAGGGUAACUGCAGAUCCUCCCUAUGGUGGUUAGAUGGGUGGACUGAAUUUGAUGACCUCUACAGUUAUUGAUAGGAUCUUGUGUGGAAGGAGAAAGCGAGUGACAUUGUGUUUGUUGGGUUGCGUUCUGGACAGAGAACACGAUGGAAAGUUUGACUUAACCUAUGCAUUCAGAGUUUGAUAUUUUUAUAAUGGUUCUGUGUAUUUUGCAGAUAACCUUACACACUGUUGAAGCUGUGAUUUACGUUGUUGGGGGGGGGGGGGGGGGGGGG